UAAGUAAUGAAAAGAAAGGUAUGAUUGAUAAUGAUUUGAAUGAACAGAGAGUCGUCUUAUUAGACAUCAAGAAGUCUGUUCCCAAAGAGUUAAACAAUUGGAUGACAAACAUAUCAACAAAAUUACAAGACAUUGCUAUUUGGAAACUAACCAUUCCUGGUUCACACGAUUCUGGUAGUUAUGGUCUGGACAUAGAUCUCGGCAUUAGUCCCGAUCGACCCGAUCUCGAGAACUCAUUUUGGGUUAACUUAUGUAAAUGUUUUUCAUUGCCGACAAUACAUCGGUGGACUAAAACACAGACACUGGAUGUGACCAAUCAAUUGUUGGCCGGUAUUCGUUAUAUCGAUUUGAGGAUYGCAUCCAAAGUAGACGAUAAUAACUAUUAUUUUUGUCACGGCUUAUAUGGACCACAAGUAGACAAUAUUUUACAAGAAAUCAAUGCAUUCCUUGAGAUGAAUCCACAGGAAAUUGUUUUUAUUGAUUUCCAACACUUCUAUAAACUUUCAGAUGAAGAUCACAAACAAUUGAUUGGAAAAAUAAUGUCAAUAUUUGAUCAUAAAUUAGUUCCAUACAGUUCACAGACAAUGAUGGAUAAAAUAACAUUAAAAUAUUUAUGGCAGAGAAGACAACAGGUCUUUGUUUAUUAUCGCAAUGAAAGCGCUCGUAUGGAAGCACCGACUCUAUGGCCAUCUCGAUGUUUACCGAACCCGUGGGCCAAUACAAUGAGUAGAGAAAAACUAACAAAAUUUUUGGACUUUCAUAUCGCUGACAGACCUCUUAAUAAUAUGUAUGUAACGCAAGCAAUACUGACUCCCAGUAAUAGUUACGUUGGACUACACUUCUUCUCGUCGCUGGAAACAGAUUUGGCUGACAUUUGCAACAUUAGGAUCAAUGAGUGGAUGAAUGGUAAGAGUGCCGGUGCUAAGGGUCCUAAUAUAGUAAUGUCUGACUUUAUUGAGUGGUCUAACUAUGAAAUACCAUUAAAUACCGUUAAAAUGAAUGAAACACUUAUUUUAAAUAAAUAA